AUGGCUUUAAGCUCAAGAAAGAAGUUUGGGUUUCUUGAUGGAAGUAUCCCAAAACCAGCGGCUGGAGAUCCUCAUCUUGAAGAUUGGAUAGCAAAUAAUCACCUUCUGGUCGGUUGGAUUAAACUCACAAUCAAACCGAAGCUACGCUCAUUCAUAUCCACUCGAGAAGUUGCCAAAGACUUGUGGGAUAUCAUCAAGAAACAUUUUUCACUCAAGAGUGGUGCUCGUCUACAACAGUUACGUAAUGCAUUUGCAACAUGUAAUCAGAAUGGGUCCACGGUGGAUGAUUACUUUGGGAGAUUAACAAAGAUUUGGGAUGGCAUAGCUGAAUGUAUGAACACAAAGCAGUGUUCUUGUGGAAAGUGUGAGUGUGAUCUCAACACAGCUCAUGACAAUGAGAAAGAGAUUUUACGUGUUCACGAUUUUCUCUUUGGCUUGGAUGGUACUACUCAUGGAGUUUUUCGAUCUCAAUUGUGUGCGAUCACACCUCUUCCUAACCUCAAAAGCAUCUAUCAAACGAUAAUGCAGAAUGAGACGUUGCGUUUGAAUGCGACACCGGAUGUUGCUGUGAUGGGAUUUGGGAUUUGCGGCUCAAGCAUCUCGUCUGAUGAACCAUGUUUGGACUCGUGA